CACACACACACACACACGCACACCACAUGCCCCGCCUCCCACCAUGUCCUUGCCGACCCACCCCAGCCAACCCGGGCCCUUCCUUGUGGCUAGGUCCCCCCCCGGAGGGUCACCUGUCACCAUGUGUGGCGAGGUGGGACCCUCCCUCUUGGCCAACAGCUUAUCCUCAUUUACUCUGAGCGAAGCCUCCGCAUCCGGCGCACCUGCCGCAUCGGGCGGGGCACCGCGUCCGGGCGUGGCACCCCUUCAGUCGCCCUUUCUCCCAAACUCCUUUGCCUCUGACGCGGGUGACGUUUCGCCAACCGGUGGUCCUUCCUUCCCUGCGACGAUCUCCGCCGGGGCAAACGGCCAUGGACACCACGCGCCACGUCUCCUCCCACCGAUGAUCUCCUCCCAGUGUGUGUGCUACAUCCAACCGGCCGGCCCAUCGACCCUGGCCUCGCCCACCAUCGCCGCGACUCCGGCUCCCGGGCAUUUGUGCGGGUGCCGGAGGCGAUGUGCCGACAGCGGGGGGCGUGUGUUUACCCGGUCAGCCCCCGGGAAUAUGGCGUCCACGGUGUCCCGUCCCGAUGACCCGGUCGACCAAGACCUAGCCUUCCUGCUUGGCCGCCUGGACCCCAGCUUGUCAUCUGGCAUCGCGGCCACCGGCGAGUCAGUCGAUGGCCGCAUGCCCUAUAUCAUGUAAAUAUCCCACUUCCCCCACUUGCUAGAUCGCCAGCACAUUGGCAAAGAUGUGUGUAUGUACUUCUUCUUCCCCUC